GUAAAGAAAAAAAUAUAUAAAAAUAUAAAGAUAAAAAAAUAAGAGAGUGUGGAAGAGUAGAGAGAGAGAGAGUAGAGAUGGAGAGUAAGUUCCCAAUCAUCAACAUGGAGAAGCUCGAGGGAGAGGAGAGGGCUCAAGCCAUGGAGUUGCUUCGUGAUGCGUGCGAGAACUGGGGUUUCUUUGAGAUUCUGAACCACGGUAUCACGCGGGAGAUGAUGGACGAGGUGGAGAGGCUGACGAAGGAUCACUACCGGAGAAGCCGCGAGCAGCGGUUCGAGGAGUUUGCGAACAAAGCGCUCGAGGACGGCACCAACGGAGUCGACGUCUCCAGUAACUUGGACUGGGAGAGCACCUUCUUCGUCCGCCACCUCCCCGUCUCCAACAUCUCCGAACUUUCCGAUCUUAAUGACCACUACAGGAACGUGAUGAAGGAAUUCGCGGUGGAGCUGGAGAAGCUGGCGGAGCGGCUCCUCGACCUGCUGUGCGAGAAUCUGGGGCUCGAGAAGGGGUACCUGAAGAAGGCCUUCUGCGGGUCGAACGGCCCGACCUUCGGCACGAAGGUGAGCAGCUACCCGCCGUGCCCGCGCCCCGACCUGAUCAAGGGCCUCCGCGCCCACACCGACGCCGGUGGCAUCAUCCUCCUCUUCCAGGACGACCGCGUCAGCGGUCUCCAGCUCCUCAAGGACGGCGAGUGGGUCGACGUGCCCCCGACCCCGUACUCUAUCGUCGUCAACCUCGGAGACCAGCUCGAGGUGAUCACCAACGGCAGUUACAAGAGCGUAAUGCACCGCGUGGUGGCCCAGACCGACGGCAACCGGAUGUCGAUCGCGUCAUUCUACAACCCCGGGAGCGACGCCGUGAUCUUCCCGGCGCCCGACCUGGUAGAGAAGGCGGCGGCAGAGAAGGACGAGGUGUAUCCGAAAUUCGUGUUCGAGGAUUACAUGAAUUUGUACGUCAGGCAGAAGUUCCAGGCGAAGGAGCCCCGAUUCGAGGCCAUGAAAGCCGUCGCUGCGCCGCCGAUCGCAACCCAGUAGAGAGCUCCAUGCAUGAACCUUAAAGCAAGGCUGAAUCACUAGUGCUAUAUAUAUUUAUAUACAUAUAUGUAUUUGUUGUAAUUUUCAUGGUGAUUAUUAUUAUUAUUAUUAGUAUGCGUUUGUAAUUAGAGCAUUUAGGUAACCCUAAGUAAGGGGUAAUUAGUAGGCAUGUUUGUUUUGAGAAGGUACGUUGAGGGGUCUAUGUGGGGUAGAGUAAUAGUGGUGGACUAAGCUUAGGUGUAACCUUGUGUGUAAUCUAUUGAGAAGCAGGCGUCCUGUGGUAAGAUUACACAUUGUUUUAGUACUGCUACGAGUAUUUAUAAUAUUACCUCAUAUUAUUAUUUUUA